AUGGAGGACUCGAAUCCCAGACCCCGGAAACCAGUCUUACCACAUCUUAUGCUCAUCAUCGUUCCUGACAUAGGCUACACAUGGGCCCUUUCGCACGCCGCCGUCCCAUGCAUAAUCCAUACCUCCUCUGAAGCGGACCUCGCCGCCGCGUGGCGAACACAAUACCUGCGAGGCUUCUACAUCUCUCGACCGUUGUGUGCCAUCAACCUUUUCGGCUUCCUGUACCUCGCCUUUACAACUCCCGAUACAGUCCACCUCACCGGCACCAAGACCACUAAUCUCGCGAGCGUAAUGUACAUCACCGCAGCACUCCUCUCAGCCUCAGGCGUGCCCUAUGCUCUGACGUUUCUUCGACGAACCAAUGGUGCACUGUCGAUCCGCGCGAAGAAGCUGGCUGGUCCAGGGGAGGAUCCGACAGCGAUGGCGUUGACGUAUGCGAGUGGAGAGGCGAGGAGUCUGGAGCGGGAAAGGGAGUGGAAGGAGACGACAAGGUUGGUGCGGCAGUGGCAGUGGCAUAAUUCUGUGAGGACUUGGAUCUUAAUCGUGGGUACGGUGGCUGGGGCGGUGGGUUUGGUGCUUGAAGGAGGGUUUUGA